AUGGAUAUAGAAAAUAGCCUGGCGCCAUUUGUAGUAACAGCAAUAGCAGUAUUUGCCCUUGCAACACCAUUUCUUGCAUCGACACCUAAAAGCAAAUCCUCAAAAAAUAAAAAAAAGUCUGCUUCGGAAGAUAGAAAGACGAAUAAUAAUUAUGUUUAUGGCUUAUUCAACCAAGGAAAUAAUAUUUGUUUCCUCAACGCUGUUUUGCAAAGUCUUGCUUCGUUGAAGAACUUACGGACAUAUCUAAGAAAAAAACUUGAAUCAACCGCAAAUCACGACGAACGCCUGGUAACAUUCGCCUUGUAUACUACUUUGGAAAAACUUAAUGAACCAUUAACCUCACAAGAUUCAUUUAAUCCAACGAGCAUAGUUUGGGCUUUACAAACAGCAAAUAUAAAACGUCUUAUUAAUAGACAACAACAAGAUGCACAUGAAUUAUUUCAACUCUUAUCAGAGUCAUUAAGUGUUGAAGAUGAAAUCAGUCGACGACCAAAAUCUCUUUUUGAUGUUGAUACCAUAAAGUUAUUAGCUAAUAAUAACAAAUAUACUACUAUUAGUUUAACGUCUGGUCGAAACCCUCUUAUCGGGUUAACGGCAUGUCGAAUUUCUUGUAUGAAAUGUGGUUAUUGUGGACCUAUUAGGCAUUCUUCUUUCGAUAACAUUUCAAUUCCUCUUCCAAAACAGAAUGUUGUAACUCUGGAAACACUUCUUAAAACUUAUUCCGGAAUUGAGUUUAUCGAUGAAUAUAAUUGUCCACAAUGCAGUUUAUUGGAAACAUUGGCUGUUAUAGAAAAUCGAUUAACUAUUUCUGAGAAAAAAUAUUUAAAUAAAUUGGAGGCAGAUAAACAAAUUGUUAAGGAAGCCUUAGCUACUGAUGUAGACAUUGAUGAUAGUAAAUUGAAAUUAGAAGUGGCACAAUUGAUUCAUCUUGCACAAUAUACAACUACCGGUUAUCUAGCAACAAUGCCCAGCGAACCCCUUUCCUCUCCACCUGCAUCACCAACUACUUCGUCACCUGUAUUGUCACCUAUUUUAGCAGAAAUUAAUGACGCACGUCGUAACGUCGGUGAGGCCACCGAUGCUUCAAUUUAUCGAUUAAAAUCGGUAAUAGUUCAUUUGGGUGAUCAUAGACUCGGUCAUUUUGUGACAUAUAGACGUCAAGAAGAAGCACCAAAUGCUUGGUGGCGUAUAUCCGAUGAAAAUGUUGAAGAAGUUAGCUUAGCGAAAGUAUUAGAACAAGAAGCAUAUAUGUUGUUUUAUGAAAAGGGUCAAA